AUGCCACCACCUUCAACACCAUCAAGUCGAUCUAAUAAUCAGUCAAAUAACUCAUCACAUACUACAGAUCCAAGAUCAACUAAUAACCAGGUACAAAGAUUUAGAAAUGCUUCAACAACUGCAAAUAGACAAGAUUUACCACCCACUUCAUUAAAUUCAUUAAAUUUAAUCUCAGAUUAUAUGUAUAGAAACUUACAACCUUCAAAUGAACAAUAUUCAGAUGAACAUGAAUCAAAUUUUAGAUCAAGAAUUUUACAACAUUUUAGUGAUAUUCAUAGAUUACAAAAUCAUUUUGAAAGUUUAGUUCAAUCAAGAGAAGACAAUAGGAGAAUUGAUGAAGAAUUAGCAAUGAAUACAAUUCCAAUACAAUUAAGAAAUUUAACUAGAACAAGAGGAGGAGCUUUUGAAUCAGAAGAAGAUGAUAUGGAUUAUGAACCAAUUGCACAUUCUGAUAAUAUAGAUGAAGAUAGUAUUGUAAGCGAAGAUGAAUUACCAAACGAAAGAUUAUUAUUAUCGUCAGCUAGACAACAUACAAACCCAGAAGGUUUAUUCUCACCAAAUCAAAGAGGAAUUCCAUUAAGAAGACAAAAUGCGAUAAGCCGAAAAGAUGAUGAGAAAGAAGAAGUUAUUAAUAACGAAGCUGAAAAAUUAUUAAAUGAGAUGCAAACAUUAUUAAAAUCAAUUAAAGCUAUAUCUCCGUUGUUUGUAUACACUUUUCAAAUGAAAAGUUUGAGACAGAUAUUAUCAUCAUUAAAUUCAAUUGAUGAGAGUUUAAAUUUGGAUACUAAACUAGAUAGAUACCUACAGAAAAGAAGAAAUCUCUCAUUAUGGGCUCGAAAUAAUGAAACAUUACCACCACCAACUACUGCCAGUAAAAGAAAAACUGAAGCUACUAAUAGACCAAGGAAAAAACAGAAAAUAUCUCAAGAUAAUAAUGAAACUAAGGUCAAAUAUUAUAAAAGUUAUAAUUCAGUGGAAAAAGAUAGCAUUUUAAAUGGAUUACCAAGCUCAUUUUUCCAAUCUGGAAGUAAUUACAUACUUAGUAUCAAUAACAAGCCAUCAAGCCAAUGUGAGUUCAUAAUAAAUGAUGUUCAUGAUUUAAACGGAGUAUUCAAAUUUUCAAUUGAAGAAAGUUUAGAAACUACACUAUUGAAACUACAUAAUUUUACAAAAUAUUUUUGUGGAUUUGAUGAAAAUUCUUAUAAUCUACCUAGAAAUAAAAUACUAAUUCGAAAAUUAAAUGUAUUAGAUCGAAUAUCAGUUGAUAAUAAAGUAAAUUAUACAAAAUUAAAGGGACAUCAAUUAGUUUUACCAUUUCAAGGUCAUAAAAUUGAUUUUAGAAAGAAUGAUUUACGAUUUUUAUCAGAUAAUUCAUCAACUUCAUCAAGAUUUAGAUCAAAUAAGAUCAGAUUACAAUUACUUGAAUGGAUGAAGAUUCAACCUUUUAAACAAUUUAAAAAAAGUUAUUUUACAAAUUUCAUAUUAAAUUUAGAUUUUCAUUUACAAACAUUGAAUGAAGAUAGACUUAAAAAAUCAAAAAAAACAGAGACAAUUAAUUUAGCCAAUGAAUUUAGAUUGAAUGUAAAUGAAUUAACAAAAGAUUUUUCGAAUUCCAAGUCAACUAAGAAAAGUUCCAAAAGGUAUACUGAUUUAUUUAUGGAAGAUUGGGAAAGAAGUUUAACUAAGAAGUUAUGUGACGAAAUAACAAAUGAAGAAUCAAUAAGUUUACUUAAUGUUCAAUUAAAUUAUAUAUUAUUUACAAUUGAUUUAAAUAUUUCAAAGUUUUUAGAUUUAUUUAUGGAAUUUAUAUUCAAUAAUUGUAAAGGAGAUUAUAUAAAUAACUAUAAAAAAGUUUAUAACAAUAUAUUAACUGAUGAGAUUAAAGAUUCAACAAGUUGUGCAACAUUAUUAUGUUCUAUUGAUAGAAAAUUAGGAAAUAUUGAAAUGGAAAAUACAUUACCCUAUUUACAUAAUAAAGAUUCAAAAAAUAAUAAUGUAAUAUUAUCAAGAAAUCAAAGUUUAAUUGAUUUUUCAGAUAGGAGUACUUAUGUUUUUGAUGAUUUUGAAUUAUUUGAUGAUGAAAUACCAUUAAAUUCAAAAACUUUUAAUUCAACAAAUAAUUUUGAAAAUAUUGAAACAAGAUUAUCAGGGAUGAUUAAAAUGAUACAUCCGGGAUGUGAUAUAUCAUAA